UUAUAUUUAUCUUACAAUAUUAAGAAUGGAUGUCCAACGGCACUCUGUGCACACGCUAGUGUUUCGGUCUCUAAAAAGGACUCACGAUAUGUUUUUAUUAAAUCAAGGAUCCCUACCGCCGGAGGAUCCUAUUUUACAACAAAUGAAGAAGGUGAUAAAAGCUAAAGACUGUUAUGGCCCAGUAUUAGAACGCGUCAAGCAAAAUAAUAUAGCUAAAGUGCAACAAGAAAAUGACAUUGCAGAUCCUCCACCACCAGGAGAUGAAACUUUUGGAGUUAAUGCUACCUCGGCAGUUGUUCCUUACAAUAUAACAAAAAGCAGCACAAGUAUAAUAUCAACAGGUAUAGGAAGCAAUGUAAGCAGUGGUGCGCUUACAAUACCACCAAAGAAAACACCAUCAAUGGCGAAACCUAAAUGGCAUGCUCCAUGGAAAUUGUACAGAGUUAUCAGCGGUCAUUUGGGUUGGGUGAGAUGUUGCGCCGUGGAACCUGGAAACGAGUGGUUUGCUACAGGCUCAGCCGACAGAGUAAUCAAAAUAUGGGAUCUAGCGAGCGGCAAGUUGAAGGUUUCGUUAACAGGUCACAUAAGCAGCGUUCGUGGUCUAGCAUUUUCACAAAGACAUCCUUACUUAUUUUCCUGUGGAGAAGAUCGGCAAGUCAAAUGCUGGGAUCUGGAAUAUAAUAAAGUAAUUAGACACUACCAUGGCCACUUGUCAGCAGUAUAUUCCAUGGCGUUACAUCCUAGUAUAGACGUUCUAGUAACAGCAGGACGAGAUUCCACUGGAAGAGUGUGGGAUAUGCGUACCAAGGCAAAUGUCCAUACACUCGUUGGACACACCAAUACGGUAGCUAGCGUAAUCUGCCAGUCCGCCGAGCCGCAGAUCAUCACUGGCAGCCAUGAUUGCACGAUUCGUUUGUGGGACUUGGCUGCUGGCAAGUCCAGAGCUACUCUGACGAAUCAUAAGAAGAGUGUGCGCGCUCUGACGUUCCAUCCGUCUCUAUAUAUGUUUGCCUCAGCAUCGCCAGACAAUAUCAAACAGUGGAAAUGUCCGGAGGGAAAAUUUAUUCAAAACCUAUCGGGACAUAACGCCAUAGUCAACUGCCUGGCCGUGAAUGUCGAUGGCGUUUUGGUUUCCGGUGCUGACAACGGUACCAUGCACCUCUGGGACUGGCGAACUGGAUAUAAUUUUCAACGACUCCAAGCGCCGGUCCAACCAGGCUCAAUGGAUAGCGAAGCCGGAGUAUUCAGCAUCACGUUCGACAUGUCGGGCACUCGCAUGAUUACAACAGAGGCUGAUAAGACUAUCAAAGUAUACAAAGAAGAUGAUACUGCUACUGAAGAAACGCAUCCUGUCGACUGGCGACCAGACAUAAUAAAGCGAAGAAAAUACUGAAUUCCAAUUUAUUUAACUGUAUAUACAUUGAUACAAUUAAUUUAAUGUGACUGAGGGUUACUUGUUCUAUCUUCGAACAUAAUAACUAUGUGAUAACUUAUCUAUUGAAU